CGCUCCCAGAGCUCGUUCUCCAGCGCUAACGAACAAACGUUUCGGCAAAUGGAUGACGGAGAAUUUUUGGACCUGUUUAGCCAAUCCUGGAAUGUCAAGUACCAAGCGGCAUCCAAUCGUGCGGGCACAGGCGACGAACCGGCAAGCGUCGGGUCUGUUGUUGGUGGUGGAUACACAAAUACGGCGGCAGUGGCAGCCGCCGCGACGGCUGCAGCAACGGCCGCAGCCAUGGCAGCGGCGCCCAAGCUCACCUCGCGGCUUAUGCAGCCGCAGCCGGGCUCUACGGCCGGCGGUGCUUCGGGCGCACUGUACACCAGCACCAAACACUUUCUGGCUCACCUACCCCCAAACCACAAACCCGCCACCACCACCAACAGCAACAGCUCGACGGCGAACCCCGGCAGUGCAGUGGGUAACCGUCAUGCGGCGCCACCGUUCAACGUGUCGGCAGGUGCCCCAACGACUGAUUUACGUGAUACAAACCUAGGGCCUUUAAGAAAUACCAGUAGCAGUAGUACCAGCGGCGCGACCAACACCAGUAGCAACAGUACGGCGAGCAGCAGCAACAGCAGCCAUAACACCACCACCACCACCAAUGGGACGGCCCAUCUGAUGGGCGGACCUGGUACUUUUGCUCGCGAAACUCGCGAGUUUCCAAAGCUCAGCCAUCGGCUGCUGCAGCCACUGAACUCGCAUGAUCAGCCACCGCCGGGUGGUGGCGGUGGUGCUUCCGGUGCUUCCUGCACUGCUCCGACUGGCAUGCUGCGGAGCGGCCAGGCAGAACAGGACUACAAUGCAAUCUGCUCAACGCUGUCGGCCGUAGCAUCGAUGGCCGCUGCCUCGUUUGCGAUGGAAGAGGAAGAUCUGGCUGACAGUACAACACCGCCACCGCCACCCUUCUCGUCCAGCGCACUGCUGGCAGCGGGACUGGGAACGGGGAACGGCAGUGGAGGUAACAGCGACGCCAACGGUGGUGUGGAAGGUGACAUCGGCCCAAACGGGGAACUGUUGGGUUUGAAUGGUCAUCAGCAUGAGAAAAAGACUCCCAAUUCAAUUAGAGCUCAAAUCGAGAUCAUACCUUGCAAGGUGUGCGGCGACAAGUCGUCCGGGGUGCAUUACGGGGUGAUCACAUGCGAGGGCUGCAAGGGCUUCUUCCGAAGGUCACAGAGCUCCGUCGUCAACUAUCAGUGCCCGCGAAAUAAGCAGUGCGUGGUGGAUCGGGUUAACCGAAAUCGAUGCCAGUACUGUCGACUGCAAAAGUGCCUAAAGCUGGGAAUGAGUCGUGACGCUGUCAAAUUUGGACGUAUGUCGAAGAAGCAACGGGAGAAGGUCGAGGACGAGGUACGGUUUCAUCGGGCUCAGAUGCGCGCACAAAAUGAUGCAGCCCCGGACAGUUCCGUGUUCGACACGCAAACACCUUCCAGCAGCGAUCAGUUGCAUCACGGUUACAAUGGCUACACAUAUUCGAACGAGGUUGGCUACAGCAGCCCGUACGGUUACUCGACCUCGGUGACACCGCAGCAGACGAUGGGCUACGACAUCUCGGCCGAUUACGUGGAUAGUACAACAACUUAUGAACCAAGAAGUACGAUGAUAGACUCAGAUUUCAUAAGUGGACACAACAAGGAUGGCUCGCCAGAUCAGAACCGGGCAAUCACGCUCAACGAUAUUCGUUUGGCGCGUGUGCAACAAACGACCGCCACGACAACCACCGGCAGUGAUGUGAUCGCGGGCUCGGACGGCGGCGGUGUCAACGAUGGUGGUGGAGGACCCCGAGGUCUUGCACCUCAGCAGCAAGCAGGUCAAACCACCGCCCAGCACACGAUCCCGCAGCAACCACAACAGCAGCAGCAGCAGCAACAGUCGACUGCUGUCACGGCGCUGGCAAACCAUCAAACCACCGGCAACAACGGCAACAGCAAUGGCACUACCAAUAAUAGUACAAUUAUAACCAUCAAGCAAGAGCAACUAACCAAUGUCGAUAGCAUUGUUGGUAGCUUUGUCGAUUCAACCACCUUCUUGCCAUCGCCGCCCACCAGUCAGCAGCAGCAACAACAGCAGCAGCAACAUCCACACCACCAUCAACACCAGUUGGGCAACGCGACGAUGGUUACGGCCAAUGGUGGCGUUGCGGGCAUGAGCACGGUAUCCGCAACGACGGCGGUGGUUGCAGUGGCAGCCACAACUGUUCCAACACCCGUUUCAGGAUCAGAUGUCACUGGUAGUAACCUUAGACGGAACGAUUGCUGCCAGAAUCCGGUCACGACUGGUGGCACCGGUUCGGAUGGUAUUCCGCACUCACAGGCUCAACACCAUCACCAUCACCAGAACACACCGGUAUCGUUUGGCGAGGAUGAUAGCUCCUGCGAUUCGCAUACACGAUGGGCCGAAGGUGAUAUCAACGAUGUGCUGAUAAAGACGCUUGCUGAAGCGCACGCAAAUACCAACCACAAGCUAGAGAUAGUGCACGAAAUGUUCAGAAAACCACAGGAUGUUUCCCGCUUACUCUACUAUAAGAACAUGACCCAAGAGGAGCUGUGGUUGGACUGUGCGGAGAAGCUAACAGCCAUGAUACAGCAGAUCAUUGAGUUCGCCAAGCUGAUACCGGGCUUUAUGCGAUUAAGUCAAGACGAUCAGAUUCUACUCCUCAAAACGGGCUCGUUCGAGCUAGCGAUCGUGCGCAUGUCUCGACUGAUGGAUCUCUCAACCAACUCCGUGCUGUACGGUGACAUUAUGCUACCGCAGGAAGCCUUCUACACGUCCGACUCGUUCGAGAUGAAACUGGUGGCGUGUAUAUUCGAGACGGCGAAAAGUAUUACGGAGUUGAAGCUGACAGAAACGGAGCUGGCGCUCUAUCAAAGUCUGGUGCUACUGUGGCCUGAACGAAAUGGUGUGCGAGGUAACACGGAAAUACAGCGACUGUUCAACAUGAGUAUGUCCGCAAUCCGGCAGGAGAUUGAAGCGAACCAUGCACCGCUCAAAGGUGACGUGACGGUGCUCGAUACGUUGCUCAACAAAAUACCCACUUUCCGUGAGCUCUCCAUCAUGCAUAUGGAAGCGUUACAGAAGUUCAAACAGGAUCACCCGCAAUACGUUUUCCCGGCACUGUACAAGGAACUGUUCUCGAUCGACUCGCAGCAAGAUCUGAUGACAUAACAGGAUGAUCAUGGCUAUCAUCAGCCGCCACCGCAGCAACAACAUCAGCAGCAGCACCACCAUCACCACCA